GCGGUGUCACGUCGUUCUCUGUUUACCUGAGACACCCGUGCCCCCGCGGUGUUAACACGCGCGUUCAGGACCGCUCUGCGGCCGAGAGAGGACGAAAACCAGACUGUUACAAGGAUGAAGGGGCUCCCAGUGCUGUCCCUGCUCCUCUGCGUGUGCGCGAUGUACUUCGUGGGCAUUUACCUGUUCGUGGGCGGGUUCCUGCUGGUGAGGCUGGAGGUGAACAGGACCAGCACCUGCGGAGACGUGCUGCAGCCCGGAGAGGAGCCAGUGGACUUCUGCCGCAUCCAGCCGCGUUUCCGCAGGGCUGUCCUCCUCAUCAUCGACGCCCUGAAGAUCGACUUCGCCCGGUUUGACCCCGGCAACACGGCGCCCCGACCUUAUGAGAAUAAGAUGCCCGUGCUACAGGAGACCGCCUCAUCCAGGCCUUCUCACAGCCGCCUGUUCCCCUUCCGCGCUGACCCUCCCACGACCACCAUGCAGAGGAUCAAGGGCUUCACCACUGGAUCCUUGCCCACGUUUGUGGAUGUAGGUAAUAACUUCGCGUCCAGCGCCAUCUUGGAGGACAAUCUCAUCCACCAGUUUGGGCAAGUAGGCAAACGGGUGGUGUUCAUGGGCGAUGACACUUGGGAGAGUCUUUUUCCUAAGAAAUUCUACCGCUCGCUGCCCUUCCCUUCUUUCAAUGUCAAGGAUCUGCACACAGUGGACAAUGGGAUCCUCCAGCACCUCUACACCACCAUGGUGGGUGGUGAUUGGGAUGUCCUGGUUGCUCACUUCCUUGGAGUGGAUCACUGUGGUCACAGAUUUGGUCCCGACCACCCGGCCAUGGCUGACAAGCUCACCCAGAUGGAUGGAGUCAUCAGGUCUGUGAUUGACCGUUUGCAGAACGACACCCUCUUGGUGGUGAUGGGAGAUCAUGGCAUGACGGACACUGGAGAUCAUGGCGGAGAAAGUCAGAAGGAGACUGAUGCUGCUAUCUUCCUCUACAGUCCUGCCCCUCUGUUUCCCAGGCCCCCGUCGCAGAGUGAACCGGACGUGGUUCCCCAGACUGACCUGGUGCCCACGCUGGCUCUGCUGCUGGGAGUUCCCAUCCCGUACAGCAGUGUGGGGCAGGUGCUCUUGCCUUUAUUCCCUCCUCAUGGGCAGACAGAAGGCGCAGUUGGAGGUCUCAGCCAGCUGGAGGCACUGUGGAUCAACGCAAAACAGGUAAACCGUUUCCUGGAGACUUACUCUGGCAUGGCCAAAGACAUUCCACCAGAGAGCCUCUCUCAGCUGAAGGAUGAAUUUGCCCGCCUCUCCUCUGAGUACCUUACAACAGUAAGGGAGGGUUGGUCACCCUCCCCGGAGCUGGCCACCUCACUGCAGGCCUACCUCACCGCUGUCAGAGACACCUGUCGAGCUACCUGGGCUCGAUUCAACCCGCUUAAGAUGGCAGCAGGUUUAGCCAUCCUGGUGUUUGCCUGCUCGAUGUGUUUCAUCCUGUCUGAGCUGUCGCCUGUACUGCUCAUGGAAAAAGGUCUCGGACUGAAGGCUCCGGUUGUCAUGGCGCUAACAGCGGGGGUUUGCGUGGCUGCGGGCCAGCUAGUCACACAGGGCUAUAUCGAGGUAGCGUGGUGCCUGGCAGCUGCUGCCCUCAGCGCUGAGCUUCUCUUCCUCUGGAUCGCUUGUGGAUCCAAAACCACUGCUGUAGCAAAGAAUGGAUCUAAAAUUCCAAAAUGUGCUAGCUGGCCGACUGCACGUCAUCUCCUCAUUCCCCCUCUCGUGGUUCCACUCCUCCGCUGUGCCUCCCUGCUCUCAGAUAGCUACGUGAUCGCUGAAGGCCGGGUAGUGACAUUCCUCAUGUUCUCUCUGGCUCUGUAUAUUCCCAUCCAUCUCAACUGGGAUGGCCUACUUCUACCCCCCAGCCAUGACCCUCUGAAGUCCGCUGGGCUUCUGCCUUCCCCAGCCUUGUCUCCAUCGACUGUGAGGAAAGAGAGCAGCACCCUACUAGCCUGUUUAGGACUCCUUGUUGGCAGCCUCUACCUCUCCCUGUCCUUUCACGGCUGUCGGGAAGAGCAGGGCUCCUGCCAGCCAUCGCCAUUCCUUGCUCCUCUUUCCAGGUUGCAGGACAGCCAGCUGAAGAACCUCCACUACAUCCUCUCUGUCUUCUCCCUGGGGUUGUGGACAUAUCUGCUGAGACGCUGCCUCCGCCACUACGGUAACCUCAACUCCUCAGGUGGGACGGUGUUCACAGCCCGCUGGAUCUUACCGCUGCUGUCUGUGUGCCUGGGUCUGCACUGGGCUGUUAGUGCCACUUCAGAGGACAGCUUCAGGAAUCUGGCUGAGCUGAUCAGCCUGGCCCAGCUGGCUCUCCCCAGGGUCGCCUUCUGUCUCUUGGGGCUGGGACUGUUUCUGAUCUGGUUUGACCCUCUCACUGUGUUUGUGAAGACCAGGAAUGCGGCUUCGGCCAGAGGUUCUUCGCUACCCCCACCCCGCUACCGAGCCAGCACCGGCAUCAGCCCCCAAGCCGAGCUGCACCACCUCAUCCCCCAGAUCUACCAGCGAAUGCGCCGUUCCCUGGACGACGGAGAGCUGAGUGGGGGCAGCGAGUUGGACAGCAGGCCUGCUGUGGAGGCCUACGGACUGGGAACUGUAUACUCUGCCCCCCUGCUGCUGUUCUGUGGCCUGCUAGGAACUGGUAUGCUGCUGCUGCACCCAGAGGGCAUGGCUCUGUCUUUCCUCCUGCUGCUGCUAGAAACGGGAGCUCUGUUGCACAUUCACGCCUCCUCCACGACGCUCAGUGGCCUACAUGGAACAUAUUCUGGUGGCUUUAAUGUGCCCUGGACUCCAAUAGUGAUGUGGUCCCUGGCUGCCACCCAGACCUUCCAUGCCACAGGUCACCUUCCCACCUUCCCCUCCAUCCAGUGGGGUGCUGCCUUUGUGGGAUUCCCUGAUGGGCACACAGGCACCAUGCUGCCCGCCUCACUGGUUACCCUCAAUACCUUUGCCUCACACAUCCUGUUUGCAGUGGGUUGUCCAUUGCUUCUGUUCUGGCCACUGGUGUGUGAGGCACGAGGGAGCAGAGGAGGAAGAGCUUGUGGGGAAGAAGGAGAGGACGCUGUGAUGGAGAUGAGACUGAGAGAAAACCCCCAACAGUUCAGCUCUGCUCUCCUACAACUCUCAACACGCUACCUCUUUAUUCACGGAGCACAGGUCUUUGCUUCAGUCUGUGCGGCUGCUAUCCUCAGGAGACACCUAAUGGUGUGGAAGGUUUUCGCACCCAAGUUAAUGUUUGAGGCCUCAGGGUUCCUGGUGAGCAGCGUGUCUCUGCUGAUCGGGGUCACGUUAGUGUUGAGAGUAGACGUAGCCGUGGGCCGCUGGUUUAAGAGAAUCAUCCCUGAUGCCUCCAGGUAGCGACGGCGCUGGUGCUGCUACCUUAUCACAGAAGCCCACCAGAGCUCACUAUGCCACAGAGAAAACGGACAUGGUGGUCAUUGUAAAGUUAUUAUAUGGAAAAAUUGCCAUCGGUGUCUAACAUAAAGAUCCCCACAAACAUGUCAUGUGAGGUUGCCUCUUAAUGUAACCUUUUUUAGGGCUAUGUUGUGCAUUACUGACACUGAGGCCUGCCUCCUUUUCAGCCAGAGGAACUCUAGGACAUCAAAUCUAGGACUGACUGAACUCUGAGCGUUUCGACUUUUUUUUUAUACAGUGUUUUUGGUUAAAGCUUGUAAACCACCCCACAAAGAUGAUGGGGGUUAAAGGCCUUUGAGGUCCAGAGUUGUAUGUGAUUAGGGAGAGAACAGUAGUUUCUGAAUGUUUCUCCCCAAACUCCUGUUUUCUAACUUAAGGAUGAAAACUUCCAAGCUCUCCAAACCAGACAGUCUUGCAAGUGGUAGCGCAGCAGUUCACUAGCUUCACUAAAUACAUACAGUUUACAUGAGCUACACACAGCUGGAUUUUAACCUCAGCAUUUAAACAAAAUUGGCCUUUGAUACCUGGGUCUUUUUCCACCUCACAACUGAGGCUGACAUUAAACAUAUGUGCAAUAGAAAGGCUAAAUUGACAGUUGAAUGUGAUGGAAAAGAAGCUAUGAAAGGAAGAUGUUUUUGUCUAGGAAACUGACGAUUAAAGUUUCACUUUUCAUUUAGCUGACUGUUUCCCACAUUGAUGUACAACUUAGGGGCAGGUAAAGGUUCAGUGUCUUACUGCAGAAACUGAACCCAACGUCUAGAGCUACUUUAUUAUCAAUUCACAAGCAGGUCAACUCCAUUUGGCGAAAUCCAUCCAAGUGCAUUACAGCAUGUCAUUUAAGUGUCUGCUGGAGGAAGUUUUCCUUUUUUAUGUUUUGUAUUUUCAAGAUGUUGAAAUACCCAGUGCAACUUAUUACUGCCAAUUCAUAUUGUAUUACUGUGCUGUUAUUAUAUUUUUUUUUUUUACAGUUUCUGAUUCUUAAUCUGUCACGGUCUUUUAUUUUUCUGAUUCCUAACUCUAAUGACUAUUUACAAUUAAGAUUUUUUUUUUUUUAAAUCACUGAUGAUCCGUUUUCUAAUCUCAAAUGAAACAUUUAUUCUUAAUUGGGCCUCAUACGCCUCGUCCCUGGAAUAGGUGCCUAUAACAAAUGCCUUUUUUUUGUAUGAUGUCAUUAUUUUGGCAGGGCCAUUAAAUCCAGGACCUCCAGAAACACUGUCAGUUAAUUUAUUUCUGCAGGACGUCUGAGUCAGUCUCCGGUGUAAAAUCUGUAACUGUUCUGCAGCUGUAGUCAGCAGCUAAAUCUCAUUAGCUAAUGCAUGGUAUCGAAGGGAUGGUGAGCUCAGGUUGAAUUAGCUAUAAUGCAAUAGUACUGCAUUCCUCAGGCUGUUAUAAAGGAGUGAUUGGUCAUUUAGGGCGGCUGCUGUAGAGACGUCAGCUCAAGUGAUGGUUUGGCUUGGUUGUGUGAUGGCGGGGCACAUAUUUUUCUCUUUUUAAGAUGUUUAAUAUAUAAAUAACUG